AGCGCUCGCAGUACCGAAAGAUGUCGGCUAGGUGAAGAGAGAGGCUAAGUAACGUUCGAUUUUUUUUGGUUGUCAUGUGAAUAUCGAGCCUCCCCUCAACCCAACUACCAACCGAGCCCGUUGACAAGCUCAGACCAAUGUCAUUAAGAUGUUCCGACAAUUUUGAUGGACAAUCAAAGAACUGUCGCCACAGUACGGUAAAUUUUUUUCUUCGGUUUCAGUGAAUAAUUGGGCUUUUUUUUAUGUGUACGAGUGCAGUGGGAUGUGUUAGCGCGCGGCUUUCUCGCGCAAUCGUGCUCCAGAUAACCGGCCCGUUGUGGGGGCCUUAUGUCAAGUCAACUCCAGUGAUUACGGUUUUACCGUGAGGUGAGGUGUGUGCCAACAUGAAGAAGCUCUUCUCAAAGAUUGACAACACCUCCAAGGAGACCAAUAGCUAUUUGGGAAAGGUGUUUGUCGUUGGAAGGCACAACGUAACCGUCGAAGAGGUCCUUGCGGAAGGUGGAUUUGCCAUCGUAUUUUUGGUUAAAUCAUCGAGUGGGCGAUAUGCCCUAAAGCGUAUGUAUGUGAAUAAUGAACAUGAUCUCAAUGUUUGUAAAAGAGAGAUACAGAUUGCAAGUAACUUGAGUGGACAUAAAAAUAUAAUAGGAUAUGUAGAUAGUAGUAUUACACACACCGGGGGUGGAGUACACGAACUUCUGCUCCUUAUGCCCUAUUGUAAAUCUCAUGUGCUACAGAUGAUGAAUAAUAGGUUACAGGCUGGCUUCAGUGAAUCCGAAGUACUCCAAAUAUUUUGUGAUGUCUGCGAAGCCGUAUCACGAUUGCAUCACUGUCAAACGCCGAUAAUUCACAGGGACCUGAAGGUGGAGAAUAUUCUUUUGGCUGACUCUGGCCACUACGUUCUCUGCGAUUUUGGGUCAGCGACUGGUAAAGUACUCAAUCCAAGUAUUCAAGGUGCAGCUGCUGUAGAAGAGGAAAUUAAAAAGUAUACGACACUCAGCUACAGGGCACCUGAGAUGGUGGACAUGUAUUCCGGAAAACCGAUUACGACCAAAGCUGAUAUUUGGGCGCUCGGAUGUUUAUUGUAUAAACUCUGCUUCUUCACGUUGCCUUUUGGUGAAAGUACUUUGGCAAUUCAAUCCGGAAAUUUUACAGUUCCGGAUAAUUCCAGGUAUUCCAAAGGCCUUCACAAUCUCAUCCGCUACAUGCUGGAGCCAGAUCCAGACGUUCGUCCAGAUAUCUACCAAGUCUCGGCCAUAGCUUUUCAAAUCCAGGGAAAAGAAAAUCCAGUGCAAAAUCUUUUUAAAGUCCCUACCUGUACCCUGGAUGUCCUCCCAAGUGCCACAAUUGAAUCGGAGAGUGUGAAACGCUCAUCGUCAGUGAAAAUUCCUAAGCCUUCAACAGUAUCCCUAGUGGAGGGUACGUCAGUGACUCCUCGACAACGACCAAAGGGCCAGGGUGUAACCCCCGGGCCCAUAAGCCUCAGUGGCCAGAUAGUCUCUCAAAUAUCAGGCCAGGGUAAUCAAAUCUGCCAGACUUCCAAUCCAUCAUCUUUCGUCCAGGUUGCAGCACCCCAAGCACUUCAAUUCUCCCAGGUACCCCCACACAUUCCUUCCCCUAACACAAAUCCACCCUUUCCACCUGGACAGAGUCAAACCUCCCCCUUUGGACAGUCCCAAAGUCCAUUAAUUGGGCAUUCACCAUUGACGCUCCAGUCUCCAGUGACGGUCCAGGAAAAGAAUUCUUUUUACUUCGAGGGGAGACAGCUAGAGGGUAGACCUACAAACGUAACUGUCCCUGACGACAACUUGGAGGCUCUCUUCCCGCCCUCAGGAUAUCCAGAUCCAUUUAAAGAUGAUUUGAAGUCCAUGCCACCUCCUACAAAGAUACCUCCACCUGUUGCACCCAAACCAGGGUCAAAUAAGGCCAUUCCUAAGCUCACCACUCCAACCAAUUCUGGACCCAAGUUCCCACCUCCUGGGGGCACUCCUGGAAAGCUGGCUACUCCUACUGGAAGCAAAGGAGGCGUUGGAGGAGCAGCAAUAACGACAAAAGUUGUUGGGAAAACUGAAAGCUUGAGUCAGAAUAUUAGUGGAAAUACUUCACCUCCUGACAGCCCCACUAUGGGAUCCAGGCAUCGGAGGAACGUCAGUGACACCAGUGCUUUCAAUAAAGUAUUUGCCAAUGAGACAUCGCAAUUCCUAGCCCCUUAUGAUGCCUCGGUGAGACCUCAUCCCGGAGAAAGUACACCACCGGAGGGAAAACCCGAUGGCAGAUCGAUUAUGGGUACUAGUGCCUCGCAUGUACGUAUUGGUGAGCUCUCCAGUGUCUCGGGAGUGGAAGGACGUUCACUGAGUGCAGACGUUGCUGCGUGGAACCCCUUCGAGGAUACUCAACCGUUCAAUCAAUUAACCGAGGAUCACAUAUUUGGUGCUGAGUUUGAUAAAAUAAGAAGGGGUAGCAAUAGCAGUAUCGGGGGUGUUAAAAGUCGUGAGAGCCUUGUUAUGACCUACUCGGAAUUACCUGAAGAUCCAUUUGAAUCUGCUCCAUUUACGUUGCCUGCGGGCAAAAAGUCAAAGCUUGGAUCAAAGACGACUGCAAUAGCUGGAGGUCCACCACCAGAUCGCCUCAAGAUCUCCGCUCACUGGACUUCCCCGACAGAUCCACCGCCCCUGGACGACGAGGCGAGCCUCUUGGUGGAUUCCACCACAAUUUCUCCUCCAUUCGUAAAAAUUCCAAUGGAAGAUCGUUCAAAGUACGAAAAACUAGACUUCAACGCCGACGAUGUUUCGAGCGACAGCUCCAAUGCCACCAGACGCUCGUCUAACCGCCUCAAGAAGAAGCGAAGAAGAGUGAAAGCUGUCCUCAGUCGUCGUAAAAAUCCAUCAAACUCGGAGCCAAACCAGGAUCCUGAGUAUGAAUCAGAUGAUUCAAUCGGUUCCGCUAGUGAUCUGAAAGCGAUGAACGAUGACAACGAGAUGAUAGAAGACGCCGAGCGUUCAAAGAUCGACGAAACCAUUUCGGAGAGUGUCAGGACCUGCGGUUCCUCAGCUUAUCAUGCGGAAUGUGAGUCCGUAGCAACUCAUGAGGAUGAUCAUCGGGUGAAAAAAGUCCGCAAACACCACAGGAAUGAGCAUUCGCUGGCGAUAAUAGAGGCACCUGAUCCUGUAGUUGGUCAUCAAUAUGGGGACAAACCUCUCCUUCUAGAUGAUGAGUUGGAUCCAGAGUCGAAGCCUGAACAGGCUCAUGGGGAUCCUUUCGUCAGUCAUCAGUAUAACUCGAAGCCUAGAUUGUUUAACGAUAGCUCUUCGGAGGAGAUCGAGGAGAUCAAUCCAUUGGGGAAUGGUAUCUUCAAGACUGAGGAGGAUGUGUUUGCCAUGGCCCCAUUUCCCAGGCCUUCAAGCUCCCGGAAGAGUAGCUGUAGUAGAGAGAGUGGAAACAAGGCCAUUCCAUCUGUUACACCGACACCGCCGGUGCAUAGUUUGAUACCUCCGAUCUCCAGUUCGCCGAUUAUCUCGGGUAAUCUGGUGGAUAUUGAGGAUGAACUUGUGAUUUGCCCUCCGAGACCGCCAAAGACGUCGGAGGGAACUAGAAAUAAUUACGAAAAUGUCGAUUUAAUGGUGGAAUCGAUGACUACGGUUGGCGAAGGUGGAGGAGAUAAGGAGAUUAAGGAUCUUGAAGAUCUUUUUGGGUCUUCACCGUUCAACUCUACAGGUUUCAUCAAUCCUUUCAACAAAUCAAACUUCUCGGUCCCCGAGAAAGACCUUCCCUACCAGAGUUUUGAUACUACUUCAAGUUUUUUACCAAAAACUCCAAAGAACAUAAUCAUCCCCGGAUCUUCCAUCGUCUCCUCAUCGAAAUUUGGUCCAGUCACCGUUAAUUCCAAGCCUUCACUAGCCACUUUGUCACCUAAAACCGACGAAUCACCAAAAGAUUUAUUCGGAUCCAUUCCAUUUGAUGAUUUUGCAACACUCGGUGUAAACAAUCUCCAAAGACCGACAUCACUACCACUCUCUCAGUCUCCAACGUUUGAUGACGGUGGUCUGAGCUCAACUCUGCCUUCGACAGCACUCUCAAAUCACUCGGUACAACUGGGGGCAAUCAAUCUUCAUCAGCAAGUACCUCAGACUUAUGUCAUUCAACCAAUUGCUAGGACUAUUCACACAGCUAGAAUUAUCGUUAAUGCGACUAAUUCAGUGUCUGCCGCUGAUGACACUCAGGAUAUUCAAGGUCCAAUGUCACCUGAACCCCUUGUCACUGAUGAGCCACCAAAAUUCAAGAAAGAUAAAUUCAUUAAAAGUGAUAAAGGAAAGUAUCAUUUGAUCAAUGAGAACAGAAGUGAUAUGAUCAAUGUUUUACCAGUGAAAGCCUCGGGGAAGCUCAAGGGAGGGGUUUAUAAGAAGGUAAAUAAGGGGAAAAAGGGUGGAGGAAGUGGAGUAACUGGUGGGUUCAGUAAUAUGAGCUUUGAGGACUUUCCUAGCGAUGAUAAUGAUGAUAGGGGGGCCGGGGGAAAUCGGGUGGCACCUUUUGAGGUAUUCAGGGAGGGGGAGAAACGAUUUGGUUCACUCAAGAGGCGGAGUAAUCCUUUCACUUGAGAGAGAAUUUGGGAUGAAGACGAGGAGAGUCAUUUUGAGUAUUUAUUGGGGGGCUGAAGGAGGAGUGAGCCACAGUAUUUUUGGCUUGUAUUAUAUGAGGGUGAAAUAUUGAGUGAUGUAUUGAUACUACUUUAGAAAUUACUCGAGAUAUGUCAGCUCUGAAUGAGUCAACGGCUGAUUCCAUCACCCUCCUAUUGUUAAUUGAUCGAUUAAUUGGUUAAUUUAUUGAUUGGUUUGAAUUGUUUUUAGGAACUGGAAAAUUAGGACUUAAAAUUGAAGAACACGGAGUUUUGGUUAGUGGUUGAUAAGUGAUUUAGGGGGUAAAAUCACUCUCAAGAUAGUCGUCUGUGAGAGUUAUUUUUCAAUUGCACAUACGAAGGUACAAUUUGGAUACGAGUUGAUGCCGGUUUUGCUUUUACUUCUUCACUAAUCGAUUAUUGUUUGUCAAAUCAUCGAUCAUGUAAAGCCGCAUUCGUGGGAACCGCUGUUUUCGGCCGAGGGAUGAAAAAUACUAUGAAGAAGUCUGUUAUAAAUUGACUCACUUCACGUUGUGUUCAGUAUGAGAAGAGGGUUUGAUCCACACUACGCACUAUUACGACGCACCAGUGUCGGUACGAUUAAAGUGCUUUUAACGCACUGCAAACCACUGAACGUCGUCGAGACGGAAAAACCCCAUUUUAUGUCCUAAAAAUAAGCUGAAAAAGGCAUGAAACUGGAGCUCAGUGAGGAAAUAGUAUAUUUCGUUAUUGUUGCUACGUUCAGCCCGUAUCAGAAAGUGCCUUUUCGUUUACUGGUAAACGAACGUACUUCACCACUCGCUGACCGUAACAUCACUGACAUAAAGUAUAACUUGGAUACACGUGCGACGGGGGUGAUAACGAGUGUGAAAUCAAAAACCCAUUUCUAAUCGAGUGAAGUAAAGUCGCUCCAUUAGAAAUGUGUUUUAUUUCCUGCAAUGACAUAAAGAUUUUUUCAAAUUGUAACCUGGUUCGUGCAAUUGAAAAGUCACUCCGAGGAGAUAAUCCGAAUAAAUAGAUCAGGCAAAACGUCUUAAAAUCCAGCCAACUCUGAAUAUUUACAUUGCUUUAUUUUUUCCACAAUUCCCCAAAUGGCAACUAAUUUCAUAAUAUAUCCCUGGUAGGAAAUGAGGAAGGCCCAAUAGUCGGCCGAGCCUCGGCUCUAAACCAGUUUCCUCUAUUUUUAGUCCUCUAUAGCAUAUAUAAGUUCCAUAAAAAUGAGAGGGAGACGUUUCCGUAUUUAUUCCUUGAAGGGAAUGCAACUCAACCGCUGGCUCAUUUAGUGUGGAAAACAAUCUCAUAUACAAUCGACUUUUUCUACACUGAGAGAAGAAUGUAAUAAAACGGAGCGAUUAUUUUUUUAUCCAAAUACUCAAUGUUUUUCAAUAGUGUCAACGGAAUAAGUCCUUGACAAUAGAAAAUGUCUGGUCAUUUUUAAUGGAUUGUGUGAUUAAACUGUUUGCUUCAAUCCUUGAUGCUGAGGGGCCCAAAACAGAUCACAUGGGGGCUCAAAUCUAUCGUGUAUUCCUUUGGAUUUCCUGAAUCAUGUUUUCAUCACGUUUAAAUAAUUAUUUGAAUGUAUCGCAUUCCGUUCAUCUGAAGACUUAUUGCAGGCGACAGACCACGGAAUCGCAUGCAAUAAGAUAUUUGCAAUUAAAUAAUGACUCAUUUCGAAAUAAAUAUGUCAUUAUCUGAACUCCAUGGGGAAGCCACUAAUAAAACGAAGAUUUAAAAUGUUGAAACAAUUGGAUUCUAUUUAAAUGUGAAAGAACAUACAUCCAACAAAAUAUAUUCCGUACAAGCUAUGAUAUUUUUCUCUCGGUGUAGUUUAUAAAAUGUGCAGCUACACAUGUAGUCUCUUCUGUACAUAAAGGAAAUGGAACUACCCCAUGAGUUACAUCUAGUGGACCUAAAGAGAGUCUCCUGCAUUGGAGUUAGAGGAAAAAGUCAAGCUCUCUCUGGAGUUCUUUUCUUUUUCUAAACUCACAGCACUAGUUUUCAUGAGAUUGACUUCAUGAGAUUUCAUCACUCCACUAAAAAACCCGAGAUAUUAAAGAGAACUAGAGUAUGAAAUACCCGAAAUAAUGGUGCACGUGAAUUAGUAAAUAAAUUAUCUCGUAUUAACUUUUUUUUUUCUCUUGGAAAUAAAUGAACGAGUGAGUCAAGUAUCUUUAAUCAUUUCCAAGUUGUUAAACUUGGUAGCUAAUACCAAAAAAAGCAGAAGAGAAAAACAUGAAAAAAUGAAAAUUGAAUGAAUAAAUAAAGCACUGGCAUCUAUUUUUGCAGCUGAGCAUUUUCACAUAUUUGUAUAUAUGUGUUUAAGAUUCGUAGUUUUAGUGUAGAAAUAUAAGGAGGAUAUGUCCGGCAGAUUUUAUUGUCAAAUUGUGAAUUGAGAGUAAUUAAACUGGUUGUUAUUAA